GCGCGUGCACACUUUGCGCUCAUGUGAGGAGAGAGAGCGUGGGUUACUUCAGCAAGUGUCACACCAAAACAGCGACAAUAAGUUGAGAACUCGCCAACAGCGCUGGAAGAUGGAGGAGCAUUCUGUUGUAAAAAAGCGCUCUGUGGCUGAACUAGCUGGAAAAUUCAGUUGUCCAAAACCCCAUACGACAGAUGCUGAAGUGAACAAGCCUGUGCGGAGGAGACCCCCACGCUCGCUCCUGCUGCCUGCUAGUAAUGAUGCAGCUCAAGGCCAAGAUGAGAAAGGAGCUGAAACAGUAUCACCCAGGAAGAACAGAAACUCAGCCCUUAUUGAGAAACUGCAGGCCAACCUUGCGCUUUCUCCCACGGGGCCACUGCCCUUCCCAAAGAGCCCGGGGGUGUUGAAGUUACCGGUGCCGUCCUUCUCCCCCGGCUCUCCCAGCAGCCCCUCUAGUCCUCCUGUAAUUGUCACACCCAAACAGGAGGAAACACCUGCCAGCUUUGAGAAUCCCACAGAGGGAACUGUUCUCAAAAGCAUCAUUAAGGGUAGAGCUCGACAUUCCAUCAAGCGGCGGCCACCGUCUCGCCGAAACAGGAAGUCUAGUGCCGAUGAAGAGGAGGAUAAAACAGCCUCAGCAACCCUCGAACCCACGACUCCAAAUGGACACGAAGGAGAUGUGUUUGAAGAACAGAAGGCGUCACCAGACACAGAAUCUCUCUCCUCUAAAGAACAGAUUGAGCAGGAAACUAAAUCGACAGAUUCAGAGAAGGCGGAACCAGAGGGAAAAGUGGAGACUGUGACUUCAGAAAAGAAAGAGGGAGAAGAGCUAAAGGAAGAGAAGAUGGAACAAGAGCUAAAGGGAGAGAAGAUGGAACAAGAGCUAAAGGAAGAGAAGAUGGAACAAGAGCUAAAGGAAGAGAAGAUGGAACAAGAGCUAAAGGAAGAGAAGAUGGAACAAGAGCUAAAGGAAGAGAAGAUGGAACAAGAGCUAAAGGAAGAGAAAGGUGAGGCUGAACCACAGCUGGCUAACAGUACAGAAGAAACACGUGAAGAGCCAGUCAUGGUACCUCAUGGAAAAGCACAGACAGAACCUGACACAACCGAUGAGAAAGAAGAGGAACAGAAAGAAGAUGAAGUGAACCAUUAGAACCAAGGAUUUCAUUGAGAAGAAGGUCAAAUCAACUGGCUCAUGCCGAAGAACUCCCUUAAACGCACUGCUUAACCAAAGCAAAGACAUCAGGAGAAAGAUAAUGUGAAUAGCUUGGUAUUAGGCUUCUAGUGUCUGUCAAACAUUUGAGUCGUUUGAAUGUGGAAGUGAAUCCUUCAGAUGCAGAGAACAACAGUAUAUUCCCUGUACAGUUGUGUUGAUAUUUUGAUAAUACCUCUGUUCUGAGCCGCUUGUAUGAAUUUACACGUAAGUUUGGUUUUGAGAUAUACUUUUUGUAUAUAAUUAUUUGUUUCCACUAAAAGAUUUUUUUAUUC